UGAGAUACUUUAUAACUGCAGCGCUGCCACUGACGUCAAUCUAGCCAGAAGGACUUGUGACCGGUGGACUACAGUUUUUGGGACUCGUUGGGAAACUUGCUUUUUGCGAUUUUCGGCUGAAAACCAUUUUUGUGAAAUUAUAGUCACUCCGCAGUCGCGUUAACUUCUUCUGGCAAGAUGCUGCACCUUCUACUGGGAAUUGUCACCCUGCACGCCGCAGCCCUAGUCCUCCUGUUUGUGUCAACAAUUGUCAGCGCCUGGACAACAGGGUCCACUAGCAGCUCAGACCUCUGGAAUAACUGCUCUACAACCAAUGGAGGAUACCACUGUGACCCAGCCUACACUGGAGAGUGGAUCCAGGCAGUGCAGGCCCUGAUGAUCCUGUCCAUCAUCUUCAGCUUCAUCUCUCUCUUCCUGUUCUUCUGUCAGCUCUUCACCCUCCAGAAGGGAGGACGCUUCUUUGUCACUGGAGUCUUCCAGAUCCUCGCCAGUCUGUUUGUGAUGAGUGGAGCAGUGAUCUACACAGUGAUGAGUCCGGACUGGGUGCCAGCAUCGGAGGCCUUCGGCUGGGCUUAUAUCCUGGCCUGGGUGGCCUUCCCUCUGGCCCUGAUCAGCGGACUCAUCUACGUCAUCUUGAGAAAACGGGAAUGAGGCCCGUGUCCCCUAACCUCCACCCCACCCUCAGCAUUAACAAUCACCCCUAGGAGACUAAACUCAAAAGCUUGAGGACCUGUAUACCUCACUGGGUCACAAGGCUGCUUCACCUAGGUCUGCACCGCACCCUAGGGGUAACACCAAAAACACAACCACCAAAAAUUACAUGAUGAAACAACCAAUACUGUCAAAUGUAUAUACUGUAGUAUCUAUGGUUUAAAACCUAUUUAUAACACAUUUUACGUGUAUGUACAUAGUAUUGUCGUGUUGCUCCGUUGACAAAAAUAUUCGUAUGAGCUUCAUUUUAGCUGAUUAAGUGCCUAAAUAUUUGUUUGUAAUUAUGACAUAAUUAGACGCUGUUUGUUUCUCUCUAUGUAACCCACCAAAAAAUGAAGAAUAAAAAAAGUUUUGAACUAUUUUAACCAAAGUGCAUGUAUAAAAUAUAGAGCUAGAAAGAAUAUUUAACUGAGCUUGCUUUACAAAAACUAAAAGUGGUAACAUCCAAAUUAUGGUUGUUAAAGGGAUUCUCCAGUACUUUUGUAUACUUUUUUGCCAGUUUUAAAAGUAGCGCUCACGAUCCAAAAGUAGCCCCUGAAAAUUGCGUACUAUGACACAUGUGCACAAUGUCACUGCUCUCUCUCUCAUGCGCUGCUGUGUGUGCAUCAUGUGCCUCUUCCUAGUUGUCACAAAUAUGGUGAGGAGCUGAAGCUCAUUGGUUGAACUCAAAUUGCUAGGGACUGGCUCAAAUGGGAGAAAUUCUAGGAAAAAUGGCGACGCACAGCUUCAAGAAAAAGUUGCUUUCAAACUAGGGAUUUCGUGGCUAAUUGAGGUAAGACAAUAAUUCUGAACUACACAUUGACACAUCCAGCCCAAAGCGGGAGGUUUAAAAAAAGACUUAGUAGUUGCCAAAGGUCCGGAGCAUGUCUUUAACCAUUAAAAUGUUGGUUUGGUUAUUUCUGUUUGUAAAAUGUUUCAACAUUAUUUUUCUAUUUUUUAUUUUCAACAAAGAUGGUGCUAUGUAUUUACCAUUCCUAUUACUGAUAGCCAUUUUGCAAUCAUUUACAGUCAAAUGACUUGACUUAUGCCAUGAAGUAACUAGGACAUCAGGGUGAGAAGUAGACUCCAUUGUAAUGUCCAUGUGCCUAACUGCUUAUGUGUCUAGAGAAGGCUAUUCCAUUUUGAUUUGUCUAAAUAAAAGCUUUGAAACAAUCAGCUUUGAUUGUUUGGCUACAAUGGAGUGAUGUAGCAUUAGUUUAUUUUGUUGGAAUGCCAUUUGGAAUGUCAGUAUUAGAAGAUCCUGCCAAUGUUCCAUUUGCAUUACUUAAACUGUUUUAGACAAGUUCAAGGAUGGAGAAUGUGAGCUAAAUGACAUUAGCAAUGACUAAGAUCUGUGUUGUCUUUUCUCUCUUUGUAAGGCCAUGCCAUGUUGAUUUGUUGUGUUUGUGUUUUAUAGCAUAUGUACGACCAGUAAACACACUAGAACCUUCCUCUUGGACGGAGUACUGUAACAACUAGUAGGGCAUUGUAGCCAGAUCCAAAUUGAUUUAAGUUUUUAUAUCUAACAUUUUAGAGAUAUUAAAGGUCAAGCUCUAAGGCAGCCUACUCAAACCUUAUCAAGGCAGAAUAGAGGACAUGACUUUUUAGUAUUAGCUUUGUCAUGUGGGAGAAAAUGGACAGUGAGGUUUGCAGCUAUGUUUGCAUACAAAUGUUCUGUUUCACAUACUUGAAGUUUGACAAGCUGCAGUCUCUUGUCACCCUGAAGAACGCAACUUCUUUCUUUUUGGGAAAAACAUUGUUAAUAUCAUGUUAAUAAUAUCUAUGACUAUCUAGUAUGCAGACUGAUUCAAUAAAACCAACCAAAUUGAAAACAGCUCCUACCUACGGGAUUUCUAUAUAUUUCAGUACUCAUACCGUAUGUUGUGUAUUCUUCCUUAUCACAGACUAAAACUAACACUAACCCCAUUAGACCUAAAUCCAAUACACUGCAUAAUGUUGACCUCUAACUAUUUAGCCAAAUACAAUGUUAAUGGCUAUGUUUAAGUCUAUUGUCUGCCUUGAAGUUAUGGUAAACUACUGAAGUGAAAGGUGCAGUACAUGAGAGUGUAAAGUGGAAUCCCUGCCAAUGUUAACUGUAUCUGGUUGGUCUUAGAUAACUGUGUGCUAUUAAAGAGAAUGCAAAUUC